AUGCGUAACAACCGUUAUAAUUUGCGAAAUUUACAACCAAGACGCCUAAAUCAACAGCUCGAGGCACUUCGGACAAACGUUCCUGCGAACAGAGAUGAGACGCCGCCCACAAGUGUUACCGUGAAUUUGCCAAAAUUUACACACAACAACCCGCACCUGUGGUUUGCUCAAUUGGAGCGAUCAUUCCGUUUGCACCACAUUGUCGACGACACCGACAAGUUCGACUUGGUGACACUUCAUUUGGAAGAAGAUGUGGUUUUGGCUGUGGAGGAUUUGGUCACUCGUCCACCGGCAGACAACAAGUACAAAGCAAUCAAAACUCGCUUGCUGCAGAAGUUCGCUAAAUCGCCCGAGUCAAAACUGCGACGACUACUUCAGGGAGGAGGUGCCACCGGAUUAAAGCCUUCGAAAAUCUUGGCAAAUAUGCGACGCUUGGCCCCGGAUCCUGGCAGCGAGAGCAUCAUUUACACCCUAUUCCUCGCUGUGAUGCCUGCCUCCAUUCGUCCGCUGCUCACCGUAUGGGAUGAUUCGGACUUGGACAAGCUUGCGAAGAUUGCAGACAAACUGCUCAAAGCCGUUAGCACGAACGCCGCGUUUGCCAUUGGCACAUCUUCAAAUGGUGUUCUUCCAGCAAAUCCGGCUAUCUGCGCAGUUUCCCCUGCAGAUCAUUUGAAAGAACUUUCAGUCAAUUUACGUUCGCUCAUGCAAGAUGUCACGGCAUUGAAAAAGGAUGUCAAACGCAUCCAAUCACGCAACCGAUCACGCAGUUCAUCUCGUGGCGCAAGACCAGCGGGAAAUUCCAGUCAACAGACAUCAGGAGCACAGGAAAAUCAUUGUAUUUACCACAAGCGCUUUGGUGACAACGCAAAUAAAUGCUGA